AUGGCCUACAACGGCAACCCCCAGAUCCUCGACGACGAGGAUCUUCAGGAGGAGACCUUGGUCAAUGAUUACCAAGAGCAGAUUAAUUAUGAAGGAGGCUCCGAAUUGGAGCGUGGAGACAGCCUAGGUGGUCCCGCAGAUCUAAGAGCCCAGCUUGAAGCAGCCGCCGCACCGCUCGAAUAUCAGGCUUCGCUCGAGACAAAGUUCGCCAGCUACGACAACUAUUGCUCGCUCUUCCACUAUAUCCUCAACUCCGACGGCCCCGUCGACAUCGAGCAGCCCUCGUAUUACUGGGCGUGGGACGUGAUCGAUGAAUUUAUCUACCAAUUCGAAUCCUUCUGCCGCUACCGCAACCGAGUCGCACGUACAAACCCAGGCGACGAAGAAGCCCAGGUACUCAAGGAGAACCCGAACACUUGGGGUUGCUAUUCCGUUCUCAAUGUUCUCUACUCCCUCAUUCAGCGCAGUCAGAUCAACGAGCAGCUUGCGGCCCAGAAGCGUAACGAAGACCCCACAGCGGUUGCUGGAGACUACGGCUCCCGCCCAAUUUAUCGCAUGCUCGGCUACUUCUCUAUCAUCGGCUUGCUCCGUGUGCACUGCCUACUCGGCGACUUCUCUCUCGCGCUCAAGACCCUUGACGAUAUUGAAAUGAACAAGAAAGCCAUGUUCGCGCGUGUUAUGGCCGCCCAUCUCAACACCUACUAUUACGUGGGCUUCAGCUACAUGAUGCUCCGCCGUUAUGCGGACGCUGUGCGCAUGUUCAGCCACAUCUUGGUGUACGUCAGCCGUACCAAGAACUUCCAGAAGGGCGGCAACCAGGCCGGCUUUGAUGCCAUCGCCAAGAAGACCGAGCAGAUGUACGCGCUAAUCGCCAUCUGCGUGAGCUUUGCGCCUACUCGUCUCGACGACACGAUCCACACCGUCUUGCGCGAGAAAUACGGCGACAAGUUCAACCGUCUGCAGCGUGGUGGGCCCGAGUCUCUCCCUGUCUACAGGGAGCUGUUCCAGUCUGCGUGCCCGAAAUUCAUCUCGCCCACUCCCCCAGAUUUCGAUAACCCAAGCCUCAACAUCGAUCCUGUGGAUCAUCACACCGAGAUCUUCAUGGACGAGGUCAAGAACACACUCUUCAACCCGACCGUCAAGUCAUAUCUGAAGCUCUACUCCACUAUGGACCUGAAGAAACUGAGCAGCUUUCUAGACGUCGAGCCUGAGAAGCUCCGCAGUUGGCUGCUGGUCAACAAGCAGCGUAGUAGGCAGGUCCGGUGGACCGAAGGCGGGCUUCUGGACGGCGAGGUUGUUAACGGCAGCGAGUUGGACUACGCGAUCGAGGGCGACUUGAUCCACAUCUCGGAGGCGAAACAGGGACGGAGGCUGGUCGACUGGUACCUGAGAAACCUCGCGAGAGCCUAUUAG